AUGUCUGGCUGUGGCAGUAACUGUGGGUGCGGAAGUAGCUGCAGCUGUGGCAGCAACUGCGGUUGCAGCAAGUACUCCUUUGACAUGAGCUAUGCUGAGAAGACAACCACAGAGAGUCUGGUUUUGGGUGUUGGGCCUGUGAAGCCCCAACUUGAAGGUGCUGAAAUGGGUGUUGCAGCUGAGGACAGUGGCUGCAAGUGUGGAUCAAACUGCACUUGCGACCCAUGCAACUGCAAUCCGUCUUUCUCUUCUUCCAUCUUGAAAAUGUCUGGCUGUGGGUGUGGAAGCAGCUGCAACUGUGGCAGCAACUGCAGUUGCGGUAAGAAAUCCUUUGACAUGAGCUAUACUGAGAAGACAACCACAGAGAGUCUGGUUUUGGGUGUUGGGCCUGUGAAGCCCCAAUUUGAAGGUGCUGAAAUGGGUGUUGCAGCUGAGGACAAUGGCUGCAAGUGUGGAUCAAACUGUACCUGCGACCCAUGCAACUGCAAGUGUUUUAAUAUGGCUGUGGCAACAGUGGAUCGAGAAACAGCUGCAGCUGUGGCAGCAACUCCGAAGGAAUGUGUUGUUAUUUGCAAGCUGCACCCUACUCAUGUAAACAGGAAUUUUGUUUUGGCUCUUGAAGCUGUGAGAUCUAAGAAUCAGGGUGCUGAAACGAGUGUUGCAGCUGAGAACAGUGGUUGCAAAUGUGGACCAAACUGCACCUGCGACCCUUGCAACUGUAAGUGA